GAUCAACGUUUGACAAUAAGAGUAAACUCUAAGAGAUUGGUUUAAGGGCGAUUUACUAUUGAUUGUUCAUUCAUUUUAUUUAAAAGUUGAAAUAAUAUAAUAUUCUUAAAAAAAAAAUAUUCACAAAUAGUCGUGUGUGUGCGUGUGCUCGAUGAGCGUCCACACUGUAUAAUGUGGAAAUACACUUUAAUUCCAGUUACGAUUAUUUUAGUGUGUCUGUCAAAAUGUGAGGCACAGUAUGAUGAUAAAAGAUGCAAAUGUAUUUGCCCAAGUCUUUCUUCUGUGAUAAAUACCACACAACCUUCAUUAGACCGAUUAAUUUUUAUCAUUAAUGUCCCACCAUCACAAUGUAAAUGUGAAGAUGUUGUUUUACCAAAAUUAGGAGAUCAAAUAAAGACUAAGGAAGAAAUUUUUUGUCCUAGAUGCGACUGCAAAUAUGAAAAUAGAAAUACAACUAUUAUUAAAAUUGUUGUUAUAAUUGUUAUUUGGGUUAUAUCAUUGUUAGUAAUUUAUAUGUUAUUCUUAAUUUGCUUGGAUCCAUUAUUGAAUAAAAGAAUUCAUAAAAAUACAACUAAUAUUGGCUAUCAUGAACAUAAUAAUGAAGAGGAUGAUGCAUCAGUAGCACCUGGAUCUUCUCAUCCGAUGGGAGAAAGGGGAAAUGUUCUAAAUCGUGUAGGGCAUCAACAAGAUAAAUGGAAGAGACAAGUUCGAGAACAGCGACGUAAUAUUUAUGACCGACAUACUAUGCUUAAUUGAAAUGUACAGUUGAUUAUGACAAAAUUACUGAAUAUCAUGAAUAAUGUAUUACACAUCUCCAAAUAUAAAUAUGAUAAAUAAGAAAA